UAUGGCUAUAAAUACCCUUCAGUGCCUUGUCAACCGUACAUUCUUCCAUCUCUCUCUCUCUCUCUCUCUCUCUCAGCUUCGUAUCUCUGCUGUUGCUUCCAAGCAUAGGCAAUUAUGAGGAAAGCAAGCAUUGCCUUCUUUGUUCUUCGUUUGAUGCUUCUUUUUGUAGCAGAGAACAAUGCUACCAUAACUGAGGCUCCAACUCCUCAGCCACAACCAAACAGCAAUCUUCCGACAUAUGGCACCACUCAAGGCAGCCUUCGUCCUCAAGAAUGUGCACCACGUUGCACCACAAGAUGCUCAAAGACAGCUUACAAGAAGCCGUGCAUGUUCUUCUGUCAGAAGUGUUGUGCAAAGUGCUUGUGUGUGCCUUCUGGAACUUAUGGAAACAAGCAAUCCUGCCCUUGCUACAACAAUUGGAAGACAAAAAGAGGAGGUCCCAAAUGCCCUUGAACCCCACACCUCAAUUUUAUUUCCUCCCUUAUAAAAUCCCGCCUUCUUUUCUGUUGUUGUUGUUGAGUGUUGCAUAUAUGGUAUUUAUAAGAUUAUGAAUUGCUUCA